AUGAACAAACUUCGCAAGGACUUCUACAAGCAGCCUGUCAGACAGCCCAGCACGCCCGGGAAACUCUCCGAGCGCACUUGGUUCCCUUUCCAGGGUGGCCUACGGGGGUCUUGCGAGACAGCCAUCGUCUCUCGAGCCCGGGUGCAAUGCACUGGCAAGCAAACGGCCUCGUUGUGGUCGGCGGCGGGCGCAUACUAG